UGAAGGUUCAUGCCACCCCCACAAUGCCAUCUGUACCCUGUCCUGUUUCAGCAUCACCCCAAUAGGCCAGUGACACACAUACUACCGGAGACCCUCCUCUGCUGCAGAACACUUUGGGAACAGAGCACAGGAGCAGUAUCAUACAAUGUCAAAUAUCUCCUCUUUACUCAAGUAAAACUGGGGGUUAGGUCCAGCAUAAUGAACAGAAGGUUCCUACCCCCAGCCUUCUCUCAAACCCUGAGCCUUCUCUACCCAAACCAGAAUGUGCUUGGGGUGUAACAAGCAGGCGGCUGGAGUCAGAGCUGCCAGUCCAGGGUUACUUAUCAUACAGACACUCAGUGCGUCCUUGAACGCUGGCUGGGAGUAUCCAGACAGGGGAGCUCCAGCAGCAGAACACUGAAUCUCACCCAGGAUUACAGAUGACACAACUCCUCACUGAUCUAGAUUGUACCCUAGCAUGUGAAAAUGGCCUAGGUUGGUAGUGACAUUUCUUGAGACAUGGAGAGUCUUGCUCCCAUAUCACCAGGUGUAAUAAAAAUAACAGGAAAGGCCAAAUAUGGAAAACUGAUUGUUCAGCUUGCUUUUGACCUGCAUCAUAUUUUGCAAUAUAUUCCAAAUAAGGAAAUUAAUGUGCAACGUAUGUGUCAUUGUUUGUGGUUUUAAGUUGUAAAAGGCUUGUGUGAUUUUUAGCUCGGGGACAGUAUUCCAAUAGCUGUCGCCCCCUGCGUGCUUGUAACCAAGAAAAGAGCCUCAGGCUGAGCUGAUUCAAAAUCAGUCCUGUGGUUGUUUUCCACAACAGCCUUAAUAGGUCCCUGUGAUGGAAUGUAAGGCUACGUCUAGACUACCCACCGUAUCGGCGGGUUAAAAUCGAUUGCUCGGGGAUAGAUAUAUCGCGUCUCAUCUAGACGCCAUAUAUCGAUCCCCGAGCGCGCUUAUAUCGAUUCCGGAACUCCACCAACCCCAACCGAGUUGCGGAUUCGAUAGGGGGAGCCGCGGACAUCGAUCCCGCGCGGUGAGGAUGGGUGAGUAAUCCGAUCUUAGAUAUUCUACUUCAGCUACGUUAUUCACGUAGCUGAAGUUGCGUAUCUAAGAUCGAUUUCCCCCCGUACUGUAGACCAGCCCUUAAUGUCUUCACACCUUCCCCCUGCAGGAGAAUGGCUAUUGGACCAGCUGUUUGCCUUGCUGUCUCUGAGGAACUGGUCUGUGGGUGUUCCCCAGAACUGAAACUUUUUCAGUAAUAUCAUACUGUAAAAUCUCACAAUUUUACAUACAGUGUUACUACACAUUUUAACAGGAGGAUAAUAUUCAGUAGGUUAUGUGUUUUCUAAUGAUACCUCACAAGCCAUACUGGGUACAAAAUUGAUCAUAAUUUUCUAGAAGAGUGAACACAGGGGUAUAGACUGACACAGUGUCUGUGUGUGUGUUCCCAGCAGAUAUGUGGGUAUUUCAAUCCCUCAUAAGCACAAUGUUUGGCAUCUUCAAGGACCUGGGGAACUGGUCCUGGGAAUUCACUAGUUUAGCAAGUGUGAGACUGCAUGAAAUUGUGAGACCCUUUGGUAUUAAUAAUAAAAUAAUAUAAUCUGAUAAAAUUGCAAUGAAUCAUGCUAGGUAUGCCAUGUAAAGUGGCAAUGAAAAUGUUAUGAUUUGCCAAGUAUGAUAAUUUUGUUUCUAUGUUUCUAUCACCCUUGUAUUGUGAGUUACAGAUAUGUAGGGUAUAUCUGUAUUUCCAGACUUGUGCAGUGUUUCUGGGUGACACCCCCAGACAUAUUGGCAUCAACACUGCCUAGCCUGUUUGAUGGCCCAUUGAGGGUCAUCAGCUGUACAAUGAACCCAUGGACCAAGGGGAUACACCUAUUGAGUCAGCAAGACAUGCUGGGGUAUGCCUGUGUAAUGAGACCUCCAAAGCUUUUCCAUGCCAUGUGCUGUGAAGCUUGUGUUUGGGACACAGGAAGUACAAGCCACAUGGCAAAAGGAAUAUAAAGUGCAGCUGCAUCAUCUCCAUCUUGUCUUCAAUCCCCCUUCCUACCUCUGGAGCAACUUCUCUACAAAUUGAACCCUGGAACAAAGGACUGAAUGACCCAUCCAAGCUGUGGAUGCGUUCCAGACAGACUUUCAAGCCAGCAACUCACCAAUACUGCUAAGAACCUGAUAUAUCCAUUUUGGAAUGUAUCUGACUGCUUUUCCAUUUAACUUCUUUCUGUCUUUCUUUCGUUUAAACCUUUAGUUUAGAUGCUAAAGAAUAGUCUGGAAGGAUGGAAUUUAACUUCAUUCUUUCAUUCGUUCUUUCUUCUAAACAUUUAGUUUAACUGCUAAAGGAUUGGCUGUCAGCAUGGUAUUUUGGAUGAGAUCCAAACCUAUAGUGACUGGGUAAUGUGGCUAACCUUCCACCCACCCACUUCCUGGAUCCAAUUAGGAUCACUCUCCUGCUGCCCUCUGGCCAUGCUGUAUCACAGGUUUCUGGUUUUCCAACGUGAUGUGAUCUCCCAGCUGGAACAAGGGGAAGAGCCAUGGGUCCCAGAGCUGCAGGGUUCAGAGGAAAGAGAGAUUCUGAGAUCUCCCCGCACAGAUGAGGAAACAUUAAACCAACUCAGAAUCUCAGGUGAUGCAAUGACGUGUGAGAAAGAGGAGCAGAAUUCUCAGCAGGGAAAUGUUGAGCAAGUGGAUAAACACAGAGCAUUAUCGCAAAGAAUGAAAAGGAAUGUGUCCAGCAGUCACAAGCAGGGAAGAUCCUGUGAGGUUCAGCACAGACCAGAAAAAGAGCAGGGAAACCAGCCAGGGGAGAAAAUGGAUAAAUUUAUUUCCUGUCAGGGAACUCAGAAGGGCCUUAAGGAAACCAGAAUACAGCAGGAAAUCUGCAGGGAAAAGCAAAAAAAUACAUGCGCUGAGUGUGGGAAAAACUUCACUUACAGAUCACGCCUUUCUCAACAUCAGAGAAUCCACACAGGGGAGAGGCCCUAUGAAUGCCGUGAGUGUGGAAAACUCUUCACUCAAAGAUCAGCCCUUAUUAGGCAUCAGAGAAUCCACACAGGAGACAGGCACUACGAAUGCCGUGAGUGUGGGAAAACCUUCAAUCGCAGCUCAAACCUUAUUACCCAUCAGAGAAUCCACACAAGCGAGAGGCCCAGCGAAUGCUGUCAGCCUGCCUGCACAACUCGUAAAGCGGCGAGGGCCACAUUACUCUAAAGAAAACAGCUAAGGGCAGAAACCCCCCGGCCCUGCGGAACCACCCCCACCUCAGGACUUCCCGGCCCGGUGGAAACACCCCGCCCAGCCCUGCAGAAACAAACCCUCCUUCCCCAGCACCGCCCCACCAAAACAGCUGUGGGUCAAAAAGGAAGGUUGGGGGUGGGGUGGUGAUACUUGAUUUUAAAUCAACCAGGGGCUCCCAGCUGAAGAGGUGCCUGGGAGCCCUCAGAGUCAAAUUAAAGGGCCUGGGGCUCGGUGGCUGGGGGAAUCCGGAGCUUUGUGGGGCUGGGGCAGCGAUUUAAAGGGCCCAGAGCUGUUGCUGAGAGGAGCCUAAGCCCUUGAAAUCCCAGCCCCACUCCAUCCGCUUUAGCUGUGGCCGGGAUUGAAAGGGCUCUGGGCUGCCUGCAGCCGCAGGGAUCUCUGAGCCCUUUAAAUCUCAGCCGCUGCCGGUAUUCAAAGGGCUCUGGGCUGCCCGUGGUGGCAGAGAAGUGAUUGAGGAUGUCACCCUAAACCAGUGGUCCCCAAACAUUUCACACUGUGCCCUCUUAUCCAUGGCUGUGGCCCCUCAGAAGCCACAGUCGAGAACUGGGGCUGGGAGUGGGGCUGUUGCUUGCUGGGGAGAGGGGUGUGGACAGUGGUAAAGGGGUCGACGCCGGGCUGGGAGCCAGAGUCUCAGGCUGAGGGUGGGGUUGGGGAAGAGCUGGGACAGAGUGCUGCUGAGUAGUGCUCCCUCCCUGCCCUCCAUAGGGGCUGGCUCAGGCCCUGAGGUGCCUACCCCUCCAUCAGGACGCAAUAGGUAUGUUCUGCUGCCCUUCACUCAUACAGGAAGGAGAAUAACAUUUCAUUCCACUCAGUCCUAAAGUGAUUUGUAACCCACCACCAUCCCAAACUGGUCAUUUUGGGAAAGCGACCCCAUCAUGCUGCAUACCUAGGCAGAGUAGGUGUGUCUAUGCAAACAGGGUCUGUUCCUGAAGUCUUUCCCCCAGUUCCUCACUAGAUGUGAGUGGGGAGCUCAUUCAGCCCCUGCUUACGCUUAGUAUUUAAAAACUCCAUCAUAUCCCUAUCUCUGCUGGCCUUAAAUUUCUCUUCCUGUCCAUUUCCUGACAGCUCAGGUGAGGUGACCGAGUGGUUAAGGUGAUGAACUGCUAAUCCAUUGUGCUCUGCACGCAUGGCUUUGAAUCCCAUCCUCAUUGGAGGCAUUUGGUCUUCACCCCUCCUUUAUAGACAACCAUCUCCCCCUUUGGUACAAUAACAGCUCUAGCAAUGUUGCUUCCUACAAACAAAAACCUUCUGAGAA